GAUCUGCAGAAGUCUGUCACAACCUUUGAACCUUUUGUACAAAGUAUUCAAGUUAAAGCUGAGAUGGUUACAAACAGUUGCUCAUACGCUGGGGCUAGACCCAAGAAAACUAAACUUAUCAAGAGGUUUAACUCAAUCACAACACAGCUUAAGGAGUGUCAUGAUUCUACUCAGAGUGAUGUUAAUGAUCAUCAGGAUUUCGAUAACAGUGUUCAGUCCUUUCAAGACAUUCUUGAGAAAAUCAAGGGAAUUUAUGAAAACAAUUGUAGUCCUACCGGUGAUGUGAAGGAAUGCCGGAAUAAGUUACAAGCCAUUCAA